CUCGGCUCAACGCGACAAUUAUUAAGUAAUCAUCAGCACUUCCGCCGCAACAUCAAAUAGUUAGGAGUAGAGCAUCUAACUAGGACUUCAACUUCGUCCAGUUUACCUGCUUACACCAAAAAUGUCGGCAACCUACUCCGAUACCGAAGUCGACACUACCGUUAUAUUGAUCACUGCAGCUAUUGGAGCUGCUACCGGAGUAGUUACUAGUGUUGUUGCUGCUGUAGCUGCCCAGGAAGAACGCAAAGCGCGACGUCGUACUCGUCGAUCCCGAAGUGAUCGCGACAACCGAUCGCGACGUCGUACGAAGCGGCAAUAUCGACGAAGUGUUCGCGAGGAACGAUCCAAUUGAAGUAUAGGAUCUGAGCGGGCUCUUAACUUUCUUGUGAUUUUUUUUUUAUUUCGGACUUUUAAGAAAAUACUGGAUACUGCACCUAUAACAACAUACCUAUCUAUCAAAUAAUUAUGGCCCCGUCGGAGAUCAUUCAGGCGAAAAAGCGCCGGACGCGCAAAGACUAUGCGUAUCAUCUGGAGUAUCGGACGAGAUGGUCCGAUAACGAUAUGUACGCCCAUCUGAAUAAUAGCAUCUACGCCUUCCUCAUCGACUCCAUAGUCAACACGUACUUGAUUACACAUUGCGGUCUGAAUCCUUUCAAAAACAAGAACAUUCCCUCCUCUACUGGAUCUCCAUCAACAUCGAACCACAUCGGUCUCGUGGUAUCCUCUUACUGCGACUAUUUCGCUUCUGUCUCGUUUCCGGAUGUGCUCGAUCUGUGUCUGCGUGUAGUCAAGCUUGGUUCAACUAGCGUUACGUAUGAGGUGGGUGUGUUUAAGCAGGGAGAGGAGGGCGUUAAGGCCGUGGGUGGGUUCACGCAUGUGUUUGUGGACGAGGGAAUGAAGCCGGCGAAAGGCGGCAUGGAUGAGAGGAUUCGGAAGGGGUUGGAGAAGUUGGUGGUUGGAGAUGGCAGGGGGUCCAAGCUGUGAGGAUUUCGGGGGUGGUAGGGAGUCGGCAUGACGUGCGCUGCAUACUAAUAAGGUAGUGUGAUACUUGCAUAUUACAUAGUGCAGUUAAGAGAUUGGAUAAAAGAAAUGCAGA